AUGUCAGGAAAGACUCCAUCACCAUUUUCACCAGAUACCUCACAAACCUCCAUAUCUUCCAAUAAUUCAGUUUCAAAUUCAUUCCCAAAUUAUAAUUUACAUAAUGUUACACUGAAUCCAUGUUCACAUUUAUCACAAGUUUUAAAUUCAAAUGCUAGGGAUACAGUAAUAAGGAAUUUUUCAUUAGCAUCUAAAGUGGCAAGCUUCAAUACAUUAUCAAGUUUAAACUUACCAAAUUUCAUAAACACAAAAGGUAACAAAACUAAAAUUGAUCAUCACAAAAUCUUAAAAUUAAAAUCUAGAGCGGUUAAAUGUCGAGAUUGUUCUUCAGCGCUAGGAAAUACAUUCAUGUGUUUACAAUGUCCUCAUGUUGGUUGUUGGAAUAAACACCAUUUCAUAAGACAUGCCAAAUUAGCUGGUCAUAUUUUUGGUGGGUAUAAAUUAUAUUUCAUCCAUGAUGAUUAUUCGUCGGAUGUAUAA